GAUGGCUAAACCAAACAAACGAGUCUUUCAAAGACCGUGUGUGUUUUUCAGCUUUAGGCACUUGUGGACUUAUUCGUCGAUCUGAAAAUUAGAUAUAUCUUGACCACUUUAUUAUUAUAUAUGUUUAAUCAUGAAAGUGCUGAGCUGUUUAUUGUUUGGAUUUUGUAGUAGUCUUGUUUUUUGUGGACCUUUUGCCUAUGGAAACAGCAAUCAUGAUGAUAAAUGGACUGAUCCAAAUGAUAUGAUCAAUUAUGAUCCAACAACAAAGCAAAUGAGAAUUCCAACAGAGAAGGCGUGCACCACUGUUCAACAGCCAACAUGUCUUCCAGUAUUCAAGCGUUUCAUUUCCAAGCUCCUUAGGGAAACUGCAAAACUCGGCCUGCCUGAUGAUGCAAAAACAGCCAUCCAUUAUGAUGUUGAGAUCAAACUGUCCAAGCAGACGGUGUCAGAGUUUCAGAAACUUUUUUCACAUGACAGUGACUGGAGCACUGGAGCCAUGGAUGAGGCUCUCAGUCAAAUCCUGCUCAGCUUCAAACUUCAUGACCCUGAAGCCUGGAAGUGGGGAUUUGAAGACAUAUUUCAUGUGGAGCUAAAUACUGUCAUUAAGGUUUUAUUAUGUGUUCUUAUUGUCUCCGUUAUUAUCUGCACUGAAAUGUGGACUGCGGUGUCGUGGCUCAUGCAGUUCAAAAGGAUGUUUUGGAUCUGCUUUUUGAGUAACUUCAUCUGGAACUGGUUCUUUCUUUAUAUGCUUGAGUUUGCAGAGCACCAGAAGAGCAUUGUGCAGAUGGAGAGUUUCAAUGCGAAAUGUACUGGCGUAAAAGAAAUGAACUGGGUGGACAGUUUUUCAGAAUGGUUUAGACAGACAUGGACACUUCAAGAUGAUCCUUGCAAAAAAGUCUAUGAACUCCUGCUGGUUAACCCCUUUUUUCGUGUGUCUCCAAUAAGGGUUUUCACAGUGACCGUAAUCAGCCUUUUCACAGAUCCAUUGGAGCAUAUUGGGCAGGGCUGCAGUAAGUUCUAUAGAGCUUUGCUGAGAGAUAUGCCAGUCACUCUCCAGAUACCCAUGCUUGUUAUGAGCGCAGGAGCCAUUUUUGUCACUCUGUAUUCAGCUUUUAGACAUGUAUUACCCCUUGUGCUCAGAGGGCAUCAGGACCCACCACCUCCUGCUGUAGGCCAGCCCCUAGCAGCCCAGCUACAGUAAGAGAGGAUGAGGACUGGACAAGAGGUGUUGUUUUGAACUGGGGGUGCUGUUGUUUACACUAAGUGGAGACCUGAAUUCGGUGUGUCGGAUAGGAGUGACCAACAACAUGUGCAGUAUUGGAUUCCUCCAGGGCAGGUUUUAAAACCCCUGCUAUAAAUAUAUUUCUGUGUGGGUGUGCCAAGAGCAGGUAACAUCUCUAGUGCGGACAAUAACCUACUACUUUUCAACAGCAGGAAGAAGAAGAGGAUAGAGGUGAAAAUGCUUUAGUGGGUCUUGCAAAUAAGAAAAAGGAAAAAUCCAUCUACCCAUCCAUCUUGCUUGAGCCCACAAGCAAUAUCUUCUUGAAGAAUAUAGUGAAAUCAUGAUCAGGGAAAUUGCUAAUAAGUAUUGAUUAAAGUGUGAAUUUAAAUGGAUUAAUUUACAUAUGGAAGUUUGGUUAUUUUACCUAUAGGCUACCCAUCUAUUCUCUGAA